GAGUGGCCACCCUGGAUAUAUUACUGAGUCAUAGUUCUUCUUAUAAUAGAAGUUGCUUAGCACUAUUAUUUGAGUUGAGUUUUUAAGUUUAUAAUAUUUACUUUAUUCCCCGAACAAAAGUUCUUUCAUGCUUAUAAAAACUUGUUAUAUAUUGUAUCAAAUAAUAUAUGGUUAUGAUCUGAUCUAAUUCUGUUUCAGGCUAUGGAACAACAUAUGUUACUGGGGCCAAUUUCAACACAGCUGUACCUUCAUAAGUUAAAAAUGGAAAAAAGAAAAUGUUAACAAGUUCAAAAGUUGAAAAUUUUACAUGAGAAUGGUUCCUAAAAAAAUACAGAUCUUUUUAAUUAAGGAAAUUGAGAUCUUACUAAAUUUAUGUAGAGAUUCAAGUGUUAAAGGUGAAUAUGGCCGAACACAUAUUUUUAAAGUUUGGUUGUCAAAUCCUACAGUUGAUUUACUGCUGAGGGAGGAAGCAGAUGUUGUUAAUAUUUGUAACAACAGAGGAAUAUCUCCUUUACAUCUUGCUGAAUUGAUUGAAUCUGUUAUAGGCAAAGGAUUUGAUUUUAAAAAUGAAGUGCAUGGUUUCCCACUCCUUCAUCAAUUUGUUAACAUACAUUUUGUAUCGGGUGUGGAGUUAUUGUUAAAGAAAGGAGCAGAUUUGAACUACCAAGACAAAGAAGGUAGAAGUCCUCUUCAUAUCGCCGUUUGCAGACAGUACAUUGAUAUUACACAAAUGCUUCUCAACAAAGGUGCAGUGGUGGAUAUCAGGAAUGAGGAAGGUGAGACACCUCUUUUCUGUGCUGUUAAUAUGAAAUUAUUAUUUAGGCAAGGUGCUAAUGUGAACUUAAAGUGUCAUGUCUGUAGACCACUUCAUAGGGAUGCUGUAAAAAUGAAUGAAGAUAUAUUUGAUGCAUUGUUAAAUCAUGGUGCCAAUAUAAAUGAGAGAGACGGGUCAGGUAAUACAAUUUUACACGCUGCAGCAGCAAGGGGUUUUAUUUAUGGUAUUAAAACAUGUUUGACAAGAGGUGUUAAAGUGAAUGAGAGAAACUUUGGAGGUGAAACACCUCUUCAUCUUGCUAAGUCAAAGGAGAUAUGUGAGAUAUUGCUGGAUAGUGGAGCUUUACUGGAGGCAAGAGACUUUUCAGAGUGUACACCUUUCCUUACAGCAGCUAAGUGUAAAUAUUACACUCUUGACUAUCUGUUGCAAAGAGGAGCAGAAGUAAAUGUGAGAGACAAUAGAGGAGAGUCUGCUUUAAUUGCCGUGCAGGAAGAUGUGGAAAAAGUACAAACUAUAUUAGAUUACGGUGGGGACGUAAAUAUAAAAGACAAUAAAGGAAAUACUCCUCUUCACAUAUUAAUUGAUCGUCAAUUUGGUUCUAAAUGUAUAGAGCUCCUGCUUGAAAGACAAGCAGGUGUAAACAUAAAGAACAAUGCAGGUCUUACUCCUCUACAUUUGGCAGUUUUGAACAACCGAACAUCUGUAAUCGAGUUGUUGUUAGAUAAUGGUGCCGACGUUUUCCUAAUAAAUAAGCGAAAUAAGUCACCACUUCAACUUGCAUUGACCAGAGAAGCGGUAAGGCCAGAAAUAAGUGUUAUGUUAGACAAGGGAACUAUGUUGAACUUUAGGGACAGAGACACAAACAGUCCUCUUCACUUUGCUGUUUCAAAUGGAGAUUAUGAUCUGGUCAAAGCAUUGAUAGAUAAUGGAGCUUGUGUGAAUUCAGAAAACAGCAAAUGUCAAAGUCCUCUGCAUAUUGCUGUUUCAAGAUCAUUUGAACCAAUAGUUCAACUACUGUUAGAGAAAGAAGCAAGUGUGAAUGUCGGGGAUGCUAAAAUCGGAACCCCCCUUCAUUUGGCUGUCUUAGUAAACAAUAAGACUUUGAUUAAAGCAUUAAUCGAUAAAGGAGCAGAUGUAAAUAAUAAAGACAAUCAAGGAAGUACCCCUCUCCAUUAUGCAAUUUUAUGUACAAACUUUGAAGUAAGCAUUCUUUUAAUCCAUAAAUCAAAUGUAAACCUUGUAGAUAAGUGUUAUAGGACACCACUUCAUUUAGCAGUCUUGUACGAGUUUGAUGCUGUAGUUGAUCCUUUACUUGCCUCUGGAGCUAAAGUAAAUUUGAGUGACAAGAAAAGGAAUACACCUCUCCAUUAUGCUUCUCAAAAUGGAUCAGAGUUACUAACCAGAAAACUCUUGGAGAGAGGAGCUUUAAUAGAUAUUCAGAACUCAAAAGGACAAACUCCUCUCCACGUGGUUAUAGAACAGUGGAGUUUAUUAUCUGGAAUUGAAUGUGUUCGAGUGUUGCUGGAUUACGGGGCUGCCAUGGAUAUAAAAGAUUAUAAAGGGAAAACCCCAAUAGAAUAUAGAAAGAAUGUAAUGGAAAUGAAAGAUUUGUUUUCAGAAAUGAUCAUCAAAUCAGAAUGUGUUAAUUUAGAACUAUAUUUGAAUAAUGAAGUUGUGUCAGCCCUCCUCAAAUCUUAUAGUGAACUUGUUCCCUUUCAAACCACAUGCUUAACAGAACUGAAGUACAUGAAAACUCAGAAAAUUGGCAGCAAUAAUCUCUACGAUGUGUUUUCCCAUUACAGGGAUCCUACAUUUUCUAUGAAACAAUCCAUGGAAGAAACCAUUAACUCUCCUACUUUGGAUUUAGAGUUUCCAUUGUAUGCCCCACUUUUGAGAGUAACAUUUGAGAAGAGCAAAAGCUAGGCAUAAACUGUUAGAUUUAGCAGUUGAAAAUGUGAGUGCUAAAAUUGAUAUAACAUUGCCAAAUGAGGUGAAAAGACAUAUUAUGUCUUAUUUAAGUGAUCGAGAAUUGAAAACUUUAUUGAACAAAUAAGUGGACGCACUAACAUGUAUGUUUAAAAGUACUAGAUAUCUUUGAUAUACUACACAAUUAGAGGUAAGCUGUUAUUGUUGUAAAAUGUGCACCUUUAUUGCAGAGGUUGAUGGUUAAUCAUAUAACUUAUCCUCCUCUCCUACAUUAUAAGGCUUUCCUGACUUUGUAAUUAACAGAGAAACAGCAUAUGAUGCUAUUUUUGCCUUUCCAUUUGUAGUGUCUGUUGCAAUUUUUCAAUUUUGUUUUUGGAACUUAUUUUAUUGCUUUUUGUAAAUUUAAAAACUUAUAAUGACACCCGAAAACUAUUUUUUUCUAAAUUCCUACUCAACUAAGUAGGUUUCAUUACUUUAACGGAAAGUAGUUCAUAACACAAAACACAUUAUAGUUUUAUGUAAUACUUGGGAUUGGAAAUACAUUUAAUGCUUAUUAGCGUUCAUCUUAUAAAAUUACAAAGAAAGUGCUUUACAUUUAAAACGUAUAUUAAAAUUUGAUAUAUAUUAUGUAAUAUAUAUUUCCACAUUUUGUAUGCUGGUAUGGGCUCGUGGACUCCUGUGGUCUAUUUCUUUGACUGUGUGUUUAGGAAACCCAAAGUUACAUGAUUACUAUGACAGUAGACAUUCUAGUGUUGUCAAUACCUAGUUAAUUUUAUCAACACCAUAAUCAUUUUAUUAUUUUUAUGUGAUAUAUUCUUAAUUCAGGACAGGACAGGAAUAAUUUUACUAAGUAGUGGUAACAUUUUCCUGUCUAUUCCACAAACCGUUACACUGUGUACUUAUUUAUUUUAUAUUAAUAAGAUCUCAUUAAUUGAUGUGUAUCCAUGGUGAUUUAGAAAGAAGGCUGUGAUAUGAAGACUGAAGUCAAAUUAAUUCAAAUUCUCAUUGGUGUCCCUUAAAAAAAUUUGAGUGGCAUUGAUGCAGUACAGAACAUAUUUUCGAUGUAUUAAUUAUACUGAAAGUUUAAUUAAACCCUUAAGAGUCUUUAAAACUACAAAGUAUUACUUUAUUUAUAAGUUAAUUUUUAGAACUCCAUGUAUUUACUUUAGAUUAUCAUUUAUGCAAAUUUAUUCUUAAUUUUGAACUGAGCAGUAUUUUAUACAUUAUGUUAUGUAAAUACAGGAUAAUGAACCCUGUAAAAUUUUGAAUUAUACUUUUUUUUGA